CUCAAUUUUUACUUUGUUUAUCAAAAAAAGGUGACAUGAAAUUGUUAACGACAUUAUUACUGAUUUAUUCUUGGGUCAACUUGGUGCUACUGCAGGGUGUCCAAAGAGACGAUACUUUUAAACUUCCCGAAUCCCCACAUACUCCACCACGCAGUUUACCACCAAAUCUGGACACCACAUUGAAAACAUUGGCAAAUCUUUAUACAAAAAGACUCAUUCAUUUUGGAAGCAUUUUUUAUAAAUCGUUGCUUAUGCAAAGUGACUACUCUAAUAAUGCUAAUGUACAACGAGCAGUUUCUAAACUGAAAAACCAUUUCCGUUAUCUCGAACACAAAGCUCCUGAUGUUGUUUUAAGAUUUUUCAGUUCAAAAGUUCGUGCUCUAAUUCAGACAUUCAGGAAUGCGAUUCAGGAAUCGAACAAUGAGGACAUUUUACCAAAUCUUGUUCGUUUGGUCUUGGAAAUACUAGUCUCAUUGUCUCAAUUAUUUACGAGAAAUAUUAUAGUGGUUAAGGGAAACAACGAUCAUGAUAAUGAAUUAAACAAUGACCACGACGAAUUUCUUUCUACAAGCUUAUUGCAAAAUAAUUAUAAGACACAAAACGAUUUUUUCAGAACCCGAGCUUUGAAUGAAAAGCCUAAAAAGCUAAAGAAGGACAUCACAGUUCCAGCUAGUGAAGCUAAAAUCCCUGAAAAGUCUACCAACCAAAAUAAGGAUUUUCAGGCCCGAUUUGCUCCACGCCAGCUUGUUGAUAUAUUGCCUUUCUUUGACUAAUGGAAUAGCGUGUUCAUAAGUACAGAAACAAGAUGAUUAUAUAAUUGUUAAACACAUUUUGAUGAUUUAUUUUCGACUGACAUAAAAAUGUAAAACGGGCCUUAGGCAACUAACCUCACUUUCGGUUUUUAAUUUUUACCCCGCUAGAGCU